ACACCUUGUAUAUAUAUAUAUAUAUAUAUAUUACUGCCAAUCGAUCUCUGGGUCUCCCAAAAAGCUUUUGCAACUUCAUAUACUACUCUCAAUUGGUAUAGAAAUUUAAACUCAGAAGCAAUAUGGUGAUGAGAGGCGGAGUCACCAAAACAAACAUCUCUCUGCUUAGGGAAGCUAACAAGCAAGUAAAACGCCAUUUUAGCAAGCUUAUGGGAGGAGAAUCCAUGGCAGCAAUCUCAAACAAAGGGCAUGAAAAGGCUGCAGACGGUUUGUCAUACUGGGUUCCACAUCCACGUACGGGCAUAUAUGUUCCCAAAGGCCAUGAGAGUGUCAUUGAUGAUGUUCCCGAUAGUGCUGCUUCUUUCAACCAGACUUAUUGGUUGAGAGAAGUAGAUGGUGUUGAGAAAUUGGAUCCAGAUAUCUUAUUUGAACGUCACUUUCGAAAUAAAUAAUCUGUAAUCAAAAUAAUUAAAAAUUGAAAAAAGAUAUAAAUUAAUCUAUCAUAUAUUAUGAUUAGAUCUUAGUUAGCUAAUUUAACUAAUAAAGUUCUAUAUAAGGUGAGAGGGAUAAACUUCUUAUAUUUGUAGGUAAAAUUAAUUGUUGAGUUCUACUUUCAUUCCUUGUAAUAUGCACAUGCAAUGUUAAAUAUGGUUAUUGAGAAGGUGACUUUCAUACGGCAAAUGUCCUUUGUGGAAUAUAUGCUGCUUGAAAAGAAAGUACUGCUCCAAAUAUGUAAUAUGCGUCUGGUUAUGUAUUCUAUAAUAUGAAAUCAUUGAACUGUA